AUGCUACCACACAAUUCAAUUGCGAAUAACCUUCAUGGCAAGACAGUAUUGAUUACUGGUGCCUCUUCCGGGAUCGGUCGCAGUACCGCACUCGAAUUCGCUCGUGCAUCGCCGCAAAGUCUGAAGCUAGUCGUCACAGCGCGAAGGGUCGACCGACUUCAUGCACUUGCCGCGCAAAUCAAGAAUGAAGUUGGCGAUGGCGUGAAGGUUUGCGUGAAGCAACUCGAUGUCUCAAGACCGGAAGAGAUCGAGGCAAUGUUUGGAGACCAAGGCCUGCCAGACGAAUUCUGCGACGUGGAUGUGCUGGUUAAUAACGCAGGCUUCAUGUCUGGCGUUGAACAGGCACCAGACAUUCCGGAACAUGUAAUCCAGGAUGUAUGGGCGACGAACGUGACGGGUGUAAUCAACAUGACACAAGCAGUGCUGAAGAUUUUCAAAAUGCGUCCAGACGGUGGCAAGGGUGAUAUUGUCAUGCUAGGAAGUAUCGCGGGGCGAGAGGCGUAUAUUGGCGGAUCGAUAUACUGCGCCAGUAAAGCAGCGGUCCGGGCCUUCACUGAGGGGCUGCGGAAAGAGUUGAUCAGCACACGCAUUAGAAUCAUUACAGUAGACCCUGGACAGGUCUUGACAGAGUUCAAUGACAUCCGACAUCGUUUUGACAAAGAGAAAGCUGAUAAAGUCUAUGCGUACGAUCUUCGCUCCUUACGUUGA